UGAGAUCGCUAAUAUGUCAACAAAGCCACGAUGGCUUCACGUAUGAGAAUAGUCGAAUAGCAAACGGUACUGUCGUAUCAUGUUCACGUAAACGGUUACACAGUGAAGCUCUGAAAAAUCCGACGAAUAAUUACUUUUUUUCGAGAGAAAAUUUUACUUUGAUUGCUUUUCAAUCGAAGUUCGUUGAUAGUUCAUACCUUUGUUGAAACAAUGAAGUUAUAUACGUGCCCUUUGUGCGUGGAUUAUAUAUUAUACACGACGAGAUUCGAAUUCGACGCUCACUUUUAUUCCGAGCACAAAGAUGAUUGUAAAAAAGAAAUUACAGAAAUUAGGACUAUUUGGGAGCCCAACCAAAAUAUGGAUCAUGCACGAUCGAAUCCGCCGAGAUCGUCUUGCGAUCGUGAAGAGUCAAAUCCUGAAUUGGAAAAAGCCAGCCAAACGCAUGCAAAGACGGAAACCCAGACGAAACAUGUAGCUUGUGGAAACGACGAGCCGAUACAAUAUCGCAAAGAAAAUGAAUCGGAAAAUAAUUCUAAAAUGUAUGACAGAGCGAGCAAGAGCUCAACGAAACAAGAAUUGAAAAGACGAGCCUCGUCGCCUAAAGUUAAGACAUAUGGUUCGAGUACUGAGUCAUCGGACGAGCCGGUAUCUAAAAAAUCCAUGAUGUUUACCGAAGAUUAUACGUAUCCUUACCUUUUCAAUGAUUCUGACUUUGACGACGUCGAACCCAAUGAUCGUGUGAGCUCGCGUCAACAAAUGGACGAUGAUCACGAAAAGUCUGAUCCAGAAAUGAGAAAAACCGACCGAAAACAUCGACAAGCGAACUUUUUGGAUCGCGCGACGAAUAAAUCAGAAAAUAAAUCUAAGCCAAGAACAGAAUUGAAAAGACGAGCCUCGUCGUCAACAAUUGUGGCAGCUAGUUCGAGCACUGUGAUAUUAACCGACGACGAGCCAGUAUCGAAAAAACGGGCCCUGCGACUUGGCUCAACGAAGACGAACGAAGACGAUGUGCCUCGUUUUAAGUUUUUCGACGACAGAGAACCCAAUGAUCGUAAACAAAUGGACAACGAUCUUCGCAAAGAAGAAGAGCGAAUGAUUAAAUUUACUUCAUUUCGGUCACCAGCAAAAAGUCCCGAAGCGCCGGAGGCUAGUUCAAGCGACGAAAUGCCCGACGAAGACUAUUCGGAAGCUCCUCCGAGAGUGCUUAAUAUAAGCGACGAGGUGCCCAAUCCAGACGAUUUUCAAGCUUCGGUAAGCGAGGUCGAUCAAAUGAUGAGCGAGAUUACGCUUCGCGAGGCAGACGUGCCAACGCCUAGAAGACUCAAGAUGCGACGGAGCUUGCGAGAGAUUCCAGAAGAGUCCGAAGGCGACGACGACACGAACGACGAUUUCGAUUCUGCUCCUCGUGCAGCGGACGAGUCAGUGUCUCCACGAUCAACUCGGUGUCGAAGAAUUUCUCGACCCUUCAUACGAGAAACGUGUCGAGUUCGCGCGUCUCGUUCGAGCGACGAAGUUUCCGAGGACGAAGAAACGAACGAUCCGGCGAGCUCACAGGAACAAACGGAAGACGAUGCUCCUCGCGAAGCAGACGAGCCAAUGUCCGAAACGAUUACUCAGCCCGAGGCCUCGACGGAAGCUCCUGAAGUUUGUCCCGAAGUUAGUCCGAACGUCGGUGUAAGCUCGAUUCAUCAUCUGACGCCUCAAAAUCUCCAGCUUCCUCGCGAAGCGGACGAGCCAAUGUCCGAAACGAUUACUCAGCCCGAGGCCUCGACGGAAGCUCCUGAAGUUCGUCCCGAAGUUAGUCCGAACGUCAGUGUAAGCUCGAUUCAUCAUCUGACGCCUCAGAAACUCCAGCAGAUGAGAUCGUUGAUGGCGGUACUGGUCUCGCCGCAACCGGAAGGAACGACCUCUCUAACUAUCAAUACUUGCUUGAUCGACGGUAGUCCUGCGGACGGCACGUUGUCCGACUUGGCGAACUCGAGAUCGCCGCAAAAUCGCGAAGAAUCAGAUUCGGUUCCAGAUUCGGUGGAAGGACCUGCCUCGACAAAUUCAACCGCGGGGACAUCAUCGAGGAACGUGGCGUCUCUCUCGGGCGGUAUCAGCGCACCACAACGAACGCUCGAAGAUGAGUACGAGCCAGUGCCUAAGAAACUGUUUCUAACCCGCGCCGAAAAAGACGAGGUCGCUGAAUCGAAUGCGUCUAGUGCGAGUGGCGAAGUUUCUGAGAACGACGCGACAAACGAUCUUGCGAGCUCGGAUGAAAAAAUGUUGACCGAAGAUCGUGAUGAAUCAGCGCCGAUACUUGAAGAACUUCAUCCGCCAGCGGGCUCGACAAAUUCAAGCGCGGGGACUUCGCAGAUCGUGGCGUCUUUCUCGGGCGCUAUCGGCGAACCAAAGCGAACGCACGAAGACGAACCUGACGAAGCGCACGAGCCAGUGCUUAAGAAACUGUUUCUAGCUUGCGCCGAAAAAGACGAGGACGCUGAAUUGAAUGCGUCUAGUUCGAGAGGCGAAGUUUCUGCGAACGACGCGACAAACGAUCUUGCGAGCUCCGAUGAAAAAAUGUUGCCCGAAGAUCGUAAAGAAUCGUCGCCGAUACUUGAAGAACUUCAUCCGCCACUGAGCCCGACAAAAACGACGGAGGAUUCCGAGUACGAUGACACACAAGAUCCUGUGUAUGCAAACAUGAAACUGUCGUUCCAGGAUGGACUGUGCCGACAGGUAGCCGAGCCAAUGGCCGAAGAAAGUACUCCAGAAGUCAAUGUGCUCGGUUCGAGUGUCAAAGUUCACGAGGGCGACGAAACGAUCGGUCGCGCGAGCUUGAAUACGCAAACGAUCACUCGACACAUCAAUUGGAUGAAUUCUUGUCGAGCGCCGAGUCCAAGCGUUACGGUGAACAAACAAUUAUUGCUCAAGGAGGCUUCGCGUAAAGCAGCCGAGCCAAUGUCUGAACAGCUCGAGGUGCCUGUAGCUUUGCAAAAAAUUCCCGAAGACAGCGAGUCUCGUUCGAGCGAUAAAGCGUCCGAGGAUGUUCUUCGCGAAGCAGGAGCAGCAGUAGCCGAGCCAUUGCCAGAAGGAACGCCCGAAAUCGAUGCGUCUCGUUCGAGCGAUGAACUUCCCGAGGACGACGAUAUGAAAAAUUCCGAGAACUUGGACGAACCAACAGUCGAGAUGGAGUUCGAUGAAGCAGACGAGCCAAUGGAUGCGAAAAUUUCUCCACCUCGCAUCUCGAUUACUAAAGUUGAAGCAUCUCAUUCGAGCGUCGAGAGGUCCGACGAUGCUGAAACGAGAGAUAGUCUUUUACCUCGUCGCGAAGAGUCGAUUCCGGUUUCGGAAAAAGUGGCUUCGACGCAUUCGACAGAAACGACUUCGAGAGCUCCUACGUCUUGCUCGAGUGGUAAUACUUUUGGCAAUAUAGAUCGCCCAUUAAAUGACGGCGCCAGCGCAGACGAAGGAACGAUGGAGCAUGGUAAUACUCGUCGUGCGACAAAAAGGAAAUUGGAUGAAGGGCCAAUUACUUCCGUUAGACAAGUAUCUGUUGGACAAGUUUCAAGCUCGCAUCAGUCGUUCAUAACUCCUCUGUUUUAUAACGAUCCAACUAAUAGCUAUUCAAAUUUGAUACCUAUACCACAAGUAACGAGCUCUAUGAAUCCGCAGUACUCUUCGGCUUAUGUAGUAGUUUCAACUCCGCCGCCACCAACUGCUCCGAUCUAUAACUAUUCGUUCGACAAUUACCAGAAUCCAGGCGCUGCUACGAUCAAUGCCGCGACAGGGAUUAAUUAUCCUCAAUUUACGAUGCAGAAUUAUUAUCAACCAAUGAACAAUUCGAUACCACCCACGUCGCAAGUUUCAAGCCUGUACGUACCGCCAUCGGCUGCUCCGUUUCAUAACUAUUCAUUUGGUACCUACCAGAAUUCAGAGACUACGAGAAACGUUUCGAUGCAGAGCUAUUAUCAACCGACGAACAAUCUGACACCCUCUGCGCCGCCGCAAAUUUCAAAUUCGUACGUACCGCCACUGACUGGUCCGUUUCAUAACUCUCUAUCUGGUACCUAUCAGAAUUCAGACGCCACGAGAAACAGGUCGAUGCAGAGCUUUUAUACACCGAUCAACAAUUUAAUACGCCCUACGCCACAAGUACCAAACAAGAAUUUAAUACCUCCUACGCCACAAGUACAGAUGAAUAGACCCCCUAUGCCACAAGUACCGAUCAUCAAUUUAAUACUCCCUACGCCAGAAGUACCAAUCAAGAAUUUAAUACCCCCUAUGCCACAAGAACCGAUCAAGAAUUUAAUACCUUCUACGCCACAAGAACCGAUCAAGAAUUUAAUACUCCCUACGCCACAAGAACCGAUCAAGAAUUUAACACCCCCUACGCCACAAGUACAGAUGAAUAGACCCUCUACGCCACAAGUACCGAUCAUCAAUUUAAUACCUCCUACGCCAGAAGUACCAAUCAAGAAUUUAAUACCCCCUACGCCACAAGAACCGAUCAAGAAUUUAAUACUCCCUACGCCACAAGUACCAAUCAAGAAUUCAAUACCCCAGGAUCCAGAAGCACAGAACAACGUGGCCGGGGCUAAAGUAAUGCCGGCGCGUCCCGAGUCGGUGCGUCCCAAGACAAUUGACAAAAGUCACGGGAUUUACCGGUGCGAGAAAUGUGGGGAAGUGUGCAGGAGCCGACGGGAAUGGGAUGAGCACAAAAAAAAACAUCUCCAGGCCAAGUGCAGAAAAUGCGACCAGGUAUUCGCGACCCGAAACGACUUGAAUUUGCACGUCGCCCAGAAGCACGUCGUCAUGAGGUGCGAGGUAUGCAAGACCCGAUUCACCAUAUUAGAGCAGCUGCUCGAUCACAUGCAAACUCAUACGCGUAAAGACCGCCAGCGUCACGGCUUCAUUUGCGACCAGUGCGAUGGUUCGUUCGCGAGCACGCCCGAAUUGAUACGUCACAUGGAGACCCACGCCCAUCAACGAUUGGACGCCCAGGUGGAGCGUUGGCAGACGAACAACGAGAAUAUACGAGGCAACUUGGAGAUUCAGCAGCAGCAGCAGCAGCAGCAGCAGCAGCCACCAGCGGCAGCAACGGCCAGCACCAGCGCGGAAACGACAACAAGAUUCGUGUGCAGGGGAUUCGGAUGCAGCGAGUCUUUCAGAGAUCGGACCACGUUGCAUUUGCACAUGAUGGUCUUUCACGAUUAUUUCAUUUGCGAGGUGUGUCAUGUUCCGUUCUCGGGCCGGCAAAAGUACAAUGCGCACGUGGAGCGAUUUCACCCCGAAAAGAACGAGAAACCCAAAUGAAUGUUGUUACGUUACGACGAAUUUGUACAUAAAAGUUUUUGAUUUUUGUAAAAUGUAAUUUUUUAAUAAAUGUUGACGAUAGAUUAUCUAAAAAGAAA